CCUGCGCACUGUGGCGACAACGACAGUAGAGGCUCAGGGAUCAAUUGCUGGAAGAUGGCGGAACGCGCCGCCACUGGAGGCGGAACAUCCUUGAGGGGGAUGCGGGAACGCAUGGUAGCUGCUGCUAAUGCCAUUGCUCAAGAAAGACGCAAUCAGAGUGGAUUUAGCUCCCUUCCACCCCAAUCCUCAAAUACAAGAUCAGUAUGUAAACCAGUGCUAGAUGGAUCUGUGCUUAAAAAUGAUAUAAAACAAAAAUUAGCCAAGGAGCGCAGAGAAGAAAAAAGAAGACAACAGGAUGCUACUAAAGAAAUACAACUACUUGAAAAAGAAAGAAAGUCCAAGAUCCAGUAUGAAAAACAGAUGGAAGAAAAACAACGAAAGCUGCGUGAACAAAAACAGAAAGAUGAACAGCGAAGACUAUCUGUUGAAGAAAAGAGAAAACAAAAAUUACAGGAAGAAAGGGAGAAAUUCAAAGCUGUUGUCUCUCGUACAUUGGAGCGGAGCAAUCGUAUUGAACAACGUCAAAAAAGAUGGUCAUGGGAAGGCUCUAUGACAGUGAACUCUGAAAGUAAAACGGUCAAGAAACGGUCUGUAUCUACUGAAAAACUAGAACAGGAUACUUCUGGAUCACACAAACAAGUGACACUGUCAUCUCCUGGUGUUCAGAAUUCUGUUGCCAAGAUUCAGCAACUGUACACCAAUCUUUGGGAGAAUGAUUUAAUCAUGCGCCUGAUCGCCCCAACAAAAGCAUCACUAGCCAGGAGCAAAAGUGCUGCUUCAUUAUCAAUCCCUGGAAAAGAUACUCCAGCCACAGACAUCCACAGCCCUGUAGUACGGUCUACAAACAUGCCCUUGCUUAGCCAUAGCAGUGAUGAAUUGAAGAAUACCAUGGUACUUUGCAAGUCAACAGUGGCAGUACCCUUCCAGGAGAAAGUAGAAACAUUCCUCAGGGUGAGCCUGGAAACACCCGCCGAGGUGAGUGUGGAAGCAGCCCCCAAGAGGAGUAUGGAAGCAGCCCCGGAGGUGAGUGUGGAAGUGGCUUCUGAGGCAAGUGGGGAAGUGCACCCUGAGGUGAGUGUGGAAGCGCCAUUCAAGGUGAGCAUGGAAGCAGCCCCUGGAGUGAGCAUGGGAGCAUUCCCCAAGAUGAAUGAGAAACCACUUCUUGAGAGGUUGGAAACAUCACCUGAGGGAAGCGAGGACAUGUCCCUCAUGAGCGUGGAUCCAUCUCCUGAGGUGAGCAUGGACUCGUCUUCUGAGGUGAGCUUGGACUCAUCCCCAGAGGUGAGCUUAGAAACAUCCGAGGCACGCAUGGAAAUGUUCUACAAGGUGAACAUGGAAAUGAUUCCUGAGGAAAGCUUAGAAACCGUCCUCGAAGAGAGCAUGGAAGUGCCCCCUAAGGCCAAUGUGGAAGCAUCCCCCGAGUCCAAGUCAUGCCCUGAGAUGAACGUGAGAGACACUCCACAGAAAUCAAACCUUGUAAACAAGAAGCGCACAUCGACACAUACACCAUUGUCUAAAUGGCCAUCUUCUGCAAGCGUAUGGGGUUCACCCUCUCCUAUAAAUGUUAAGCAAAUCCAAAAGAAUUGCCCACCAUCAGUUUCACCGGUUGUGUCAAAACAAUCAGAACAAUCUUCUGUUCCCUGUAAAAUAAUUCCUGUUAAGCAUACCCAACAUACACAAAAGGUAUUAGGUACGAUCAGAAGGAAAAAAAAACGGUCUUCUAAAAAAACCACUAAAAGCUCUGAGGCCAUGAACCAAAAGCAUAUGACCUAUGACGUAGAGUCUGGUAAUAAAAGCACACAAGGGAUUAUGAAUGCUGAGGAGGCAACAAAAAUUUUGUCAGCGAAACGACGCCUUGCUCGUGAACACAAAGAAAAAGAAGAAAAACUACAAAAACAAAUGGAGCAAAGGAAAGAGAAAGAUGUGACGAAGAAAGUAUUUGAAGGCCAAGAAAGAUUCUCCAAAUUUGACCAUGGACAGCAACAAAAGGCAGUAAAAAAGAAAAAAGGACGUCAGCCUCGAGAAAGCCAGCGAGUGUUAUUACAGAAAGGGGACGCCGAAAUAAAAGCUAAGGAGGAGGCCGACAAAUUCAAGAAGGAGCAGGAAAAAAUUAUGUUGCAGAAUUUACAAGAAAGAUUAGAAAGAAAAAAGAGAAUUGAGGAAAUUAUGAAGCGGACAAGAAAGACAGAUUCGGACACCUCAAAGGAUGCACAAACAUCCAGCAGUGACACAUACGAGGAGCAUGAGGCAGAUGAUGAGGAUGAGCCAGAAAGUGAUGAUUUACAUUCUUCUGAUGACUUGCAUCCAUCAGCCUUUACAAAUGGCAUGAAUUCAUCCAUAAAACUCAAGAAAAGUUCUAGAAAUGUGAAGAGCACCCCCAGACUGCUGUCUUUAGAAGUCAGUUCUGACAAAGUCUGUACAAAGACAAGAGCAUCUUUAAAAAAUGACAUAAAAAACGUCAGACAAAAAGUGAAAGACCCUUUGGCUCAGGCCAAGAGUAUCAGGCUGUCCAUCAAAAGAAUGACCAAUCAAGUAACAAAAACUGAAAAGAUAGUUGAAACCAGCAACACCAUGGUACCAUCCGAAAGUUUACAUUCAGUGUCACAGGAAUGUCUGUGUGACCAGAUACUAGAUAGCACUCGCAAGAUCGAUCCACUCAUUUCUAGUAACCUUCCUGAUAGCCAAAAACACCAUCUGAAAGGUUCCACAACAUUCCACCAAAGUCCCCAGGCAAAAAUAGAAAAAUCUGAUUCUGCUUGAUCAGACAUGUAAACCUCAUGCAGCCUAGAAGAGAAUUUAUCCUUCACUCUGGGUUUCAACUUCUAGGCCCAUCUCCCCAAAUUACUCCACCUCCGACUUGAACCAAGCAAAGAAAAUAACUAACAAAAGGGAAAACAACAAAAAGUCAUUUUAACAAGUCUCAGAAGAUGCUCGCUCACUUAUGUCAUCUUGAAAUCCACAAGAAAGGGUUCUUAGUAAAAAGUUGUUGUUUUCCUGUAAAAAUUUCCAUUGUAUCUCAUUGUAUUUUCCUGCCAACACGUGUUUGAGUGUGCAUUGAAGCUGUGUUUAUAAACUAGUAACUCAUAUUUCUAAAAGAAUCUCUACUGAAAGAAUAAUAUUCUCUCAGUACAUGUUGGAAAUCUUAAAAUAAUGUUUGUUCUGUUUAACAAAAACUCCUGUUUGAUCUUGUAGAGAACAUAAUAGGUUAUGUGAAGGACUCAAGAUUGCUCACAAGAGCUAUGUUGGAUUAUUUUUAAUAUACCAAUACCAAAGGUUGCAAAAUAGAGUAAAACAUAUGUUAUCAUUAUAUAUGUCUAUUUUUAACCUUGCCAGCUAAGUACACAAGCAGUGAUGCCCCCAAAUGCUAGGAGUCCUAGAAGGUCUGAUCUUGGAACAAUUCGGAUAUUUUGUUCUCUUAUCAGUAUUUCCUUUUGGAGUACAUAGUAGGGUUUAUCUACAAAAGCAUGUAUUAUUUUUAUUGUGUACAUAAAGCAGUAUUUGGCUGUUGUCUGGUGGGAUAUGUUUAAUUCCUCUAAAUGUUUACUGUGUAUAUAAUCUUUUUUUGUUUAUACCCUCCAGUCCUGCCCUUCAGUAUACACCCAGACUUGGGAUAUGGAACCAAAAUUUGCUUGCCUUUCUCUAACCAGUGGCUGCAAGUGAGUACAGGAGCAGUGUUAUUCUUUAGUCCUUGUGAUAGAAAGGCACACAUGCAUGCACACACACAGGAUGUAUAUUUGCUGAAAUGCAUUGAGUCCUGAUUAAAAGUAUUGACUAAAACUUGCCCUGGCCGGUGCUCAGUGGUUAGGGCAUCAGCCCGAGCACCGGAGGGGUCGCAGAUUCGAUUCCCGGUCAAGGGCAUAUGCCUGGGUUGCAAGUUGGCACCCCAUCCCUGGUCGGGGCACCUGCAGGAAGCAACCAGUUGAUGUAUCUCUCUCACAUCAAUGUUUCUCAAUCUCUCCCUCCCUCUCUCAAGCAAUGGAAAAAAUAUCCUCAGGUGAGGAUUAAAAAAGAAACAACAAAAAACUAUUGACUAAAACUUGAAUGCAAUUUAGUUGUCCUAAUGCUAGUGAGUUUUCUGGCUUAUCACAAAUAGUUUGAAAUAGGCCCAUGUUUCUUUGUAGUCACCAGUCUUGGAUUAGUAAAAGGAAGUAAUUAUUCUUUCUUGUUUCUUAGUUCUUUGCUAUUCAGAGUACUAUAUCUUUUGUUACAGAUUAGAGCUUGAUGCCUUAGAUUUUAAAACUAUUUUCACAUGCUAGUUCUUUUAUAUAGGAGGCAAUCAUCCUAACAAUAUUUCUGAUAUUUUUCCGCACGAAUGUUACAUAUUGAAACACUCUGUUAUACCUCCAUAUAAAUGUGUGCUCUGUGAAAUAAACUUUGCAGAUAAA